UCUUUCUCUUUCUGGUAAAUUGAAACUGAAGCGCUGUUGAGAUCAACUUGUCUGUCUUUCUCUGGGAUCUUGUGUUAUAAUGGCAGAAGCAAGUGUUUCAUGGGAUCAGGAGUUCAGCUGUCCAAUCUGUCUGGAUCUGAAGGAUCCAGUGACCAUUUCCUGUGGACACAGUUUCUGUAUGAGCUGCAUUACAGACUGCUGGAAACUGGAGGAUCAGAAGAGAGUUUACCGCUGUCCUCAGUGCAGACGGACCUUCACUCCAACACCUGCUUUAGAUCAGAAUGUGAUGCUUGCUGAAAUGCUGGAGGAACUGAAAACAACAAGACUCCAAACUGCAGAUUGCUAUGCUGGAUCUGGAGAUGUGGAGUGUGACGCCUGUACUGGAAGAAAACACAAAGCUGUCAAGUCCUGUCUAGUGUGUCUGAACUCUUACUGUCAAAAUCACCUGCAACAACAUGAGAAUUUAUUCAGAAACAAGAAACACAAACUGACUGACGCUACUGGACGACAUGAAGAACCGCUGAAAAUGUACUGUAGGACUGACCAGCAGUGUGUGGGUUAUCUGUGUAUGAUGGAUGAACACAAAAACCAUGAGACUGUGACGGCUGCAGCUGAGAGGACAGAGAAACAGAAGAUUCUGAAAGAGACACAAAGACAAUAUGAAGACAGAAUCCAGGAGCGAGUGAAGAAGCUUCAGGAUCUGAGACAGGCUGUGGACUCUCAUAAGCGCUCUGCACAGGCAGCAGUGGAAAACACUGAGAGAAUCUUUACUCAACUCAUCCACUGCAUUGAGAGACGCCGCUCUGAGAUCACACAGCUGAUCAGAGAUCAGGAAAAGACUGCAGUGAGUCGAGCUGAUGAUCUCAUGAAGACACUGGAGAAGGAGAUUGAUGAUCUGAAGAGGAGAAGCACUGAGCUGGAGCAGUUUUCAAACACACAUGAUCACAUAAAGUUUCUGCAGAGUUUCCAGUCUUUCUCAGUCUCUCCUGGAUCUGCAGAUGUUUCCAGCAUCACUAUCAGCUCUCUCCUCUCUUUUGAUCAUGUGGGAAAAUCUGUUUCUGAACUGAAAGAGAAACUGGAGGAUUUCUGCAAACAAGAGAUUAAAAAGAUCUCAGACAGAGACCCUGAAACCAGAAAUGACUUCUUACAAUAUUCCCAUCUCCUCUCUCUGGAUCCGAACACAGUGAAUAAAACCCUACUUCUCUCUGAGAGGAACACACUGGUUUCUCACACAAACGCACUCCUACAGUAUCCUGAUCAUCCUGACAGAUUUGAUUUUUACACUCAGGUGUUGUGUAGAGAGAGUGUGUGUGGACGCUCUUACUGGGAAAUAGAGAGGAGUGAAGGGGUGUUUAUAGCAGUGGCAUAUAAGAGCAUCAGGAGGAAGGGAGAGAGCAAUCAGUGUCUGUUUGGAUUUAAUGAUCAAUCAUGGAUGUUAUUAUGCUCUUCCUCCACAUGCAGUUAUUAUCACAAUAGAAAAGAGACCGUUCUCCCUGUGUUGUCCAGCAGUAGAAUAGGAGUGUAUGUGGAUCACAGUGCAGGAACUCUGUCCUUUUACAGCGUCUCUGACACAAUGAGCCUCAUCCACAGAGUCCAGACCACAUUCACUCAACCGCUCUACCUUGGGUUUAUGAUAGGUUCAAAUGCAAAAGUGAAACUGUGUGAUCUAACAGUAUAGAUGAUAGAAUGAUUUGUCCAGAAAAAAGAGGGAAAAUCAACAACUUACUAUCAGAUUUUAAGGGAAUAUUAUUUCUUUUCAAAUUUUCAGUGCGAAGUAUUUAAUGAAACUGAAUCCCUGAAUUAACAUUAAUGUUUAUAAAUAAUUAUAAGACCUUUUGGAAACCUGUCAAGAGAUCCAGUUUGUCAGUCGCAGCAUUCAAUAGGGACAUUUUUUUUAAUGUACACUAAUAUGAGGGUUAAAGACAAGACGUCACAUUUUGACAUCAAAUUACAUUCACAAAAGUGCUUCAAUAUUAAACAGAACCACCGAAUGCAAGUGGUGUCUUCUUUAAUGUUAUAAGUAACUUUUUAAAACGUUGAAAUAUUGGUGAAAUAAUGUUCAAUUUUUAUUCAGCAUAAAAAAAUGUAAACAUGAAACCAAAUACUUAAUCGUUUAUUCAUGAAUUUUAUUCAUUCAUUUUCCUUCGGCUUAGUCCCUUAUUUAUCAGGGGUCGCCACAGCAGAAUGAACGGACAACCAGGGGUGCAACUACACAUUUACUGAGGGGU